CGUCCCGGUCUUGUUUUCCACUCCUGCAUGAUGAGGCGGUGCGUGAGGCGCCAACGCAUCCCACCGGGCUGAGGAGGAGGAAAAGGUGGAGGUGGAGGAGGAGGCUAACGAAGCAGAGCAGACAGCUCCUGUCCGCGAAACGCACGCAGCUCCUUCAAUAAAAGAAAGAAAGAAAGAAAGAAAGAAAGAAAGAAAGAAAGAAAGAAGCACACAGGAGAAAGCAUGAAGAGCAGCGAGGCACUGAGGGGUACAUUUCCAUCUGCAGAGGACUGAGUGAAGCCGCAGCAUGGCGGGGGGGCGGAGGGGACUUGUGGCCCCCCAGAAUACUUUUUUGGAGAAUAUUGUGAGACGGUCGAACGUUUGGACACUGCCACAUAGACAGACAGACACCAACUUUGUCCUGGGCAACGCUCAGAUAGUGGACUGGCCCAUUGUCUACAGCAACGAUGGCUUCUGCAAGUUGUCAGGCUACCACAGGGCGGAGGUGAUGCAGAAAAGCAGCACCUGCAGGUAGGGGCGACGAGACGCAUGCCUAAAAGUCACAAUGUUGAAGUUUGUGAACUAGGGGUGCACCGAUUUAUUGGUGAUGAUUUCCUUAGUUUUGGGAGAUCGUCCAAUUAUUACAUAUGAAGCCGAUCUUAUCCGCCGAUUUUAUCUAGCUUGGCAAAUGUGUAAAAAUCAACCACUGUCCUCUUUUGCUCUCCGGUGAGAGAGGUUUGACUGACCUGGUCGUCCCUCCAAGUCAUGUGUGCACGUUCACAAUUAACAAUAGUGACCCCACUGUUGGCAACUCAACAACUUUC